UGGGUGGGGAGGGGCCCAGAAGGGGGAGUGUUGGGAACGUCAUCGGAGCGUCAGUCCCUUGGUGCCAGGCUUGAGUCACAGGUUACUAGCUCAGGUUGUUGGGACGGCGAUUUGAGUUUCACCUCGUUUGCCACAGAGGGUCUCAGGCCAGAAAGCCAGGCCUGGUGUGAGCCAAAGCCCAUGCCCACUGCCCUCCUUGCUGCCCAGCCCAGAUCGUUCCUGCCAGGUCUGCACCUCGCUGUCCCUCACUCCAUCUGGCACUGGGCCGCCUGAGCAUGCAAGUGUGCCCACCACCUGCUGCCCUGUACACAUGGGUAGGUGCCGGGGGAACAGCAUCCACUCCCCACUGCCUAGGACUCUUGGACCAGACUUCCACCUGCCACCUGGUGCAUGAGAGCCUCUGCCAGCCAACAACCCCUCCACUGCCACCCGGGGCACAAUGCCUGGGACAAAGUCCCCAAUGCUAGAGAAGACCCCAAAGGACGGGGAAGGGCGGGGCGCACCCUCCCUUCCAUUUCCCCGUACCCCCGCUCCGCUCAGCCCGCCAGGCUGGAGAUGGAGCUGAGGCUGUGUACUGAAGUGGCCCUUUGUACGUUGUCACCAGAGGAUGGCGAGCCUGGGCGGGAGGGGCUGGCACUGCCGGGGCUGCAGGGCAGAGUGGCGCUGAACUCAGCAGAGCAGGGGCUUUCUCUGGGGCCACAGGGCAGGGGAGGAGUGCCUGUCAGGUGUGGGAACUUGCAGGCUGGGCCUGCACCCCCAAACCAGAGGAUAUUUGUCCCUCAAAGUCUGUUGCUGCUUCUCAUCUGGGCUCCUGCGUCUUUGGACUGUUCCAUGUCAUCCAGCAGCUGUCCCUGCAGUGCAUGCUCCAGGGCAGACUUUGUCCUGGGGGGUGGGGAACAGUGGUGACCGAGGCCUGUGGUGACCCUGCUCUCCUGUGGCCUCGCCAGCAGGGUGAGGGCAGGGCAGACGUAAACAACAAAGUGGGAUCGCCUCUGCAGGGAUGAGCGCUUGGGGGACAGCCUGGAGAGAGGGCUUGUGGGCAGGGGCAGCACUUCAGCCAGCUGCUCAAGGGCCCAUGUCUGACAAGUGGCAUCAGAGCAUGCGGGGACCUGAGGAAGGGCGUUCCAGGCGGAGGGAUCAUCCGGUGCGAGGACCCUGAAAUGGGGCCAUGCCUGAAGAGUGUAGGAGACAGGAAGGUGGGGAGUGUGGCUGGAGCCUGGGGGACAAGGGAGGCAAGGUCAGCAGAAACGCAGGCAUCAGAUGGCCAGGGUCCAUGGCACGCAGAGGAGUUGGGGUUUUAAUUCUUAGUGUGACAGGGCCAUGGGAGGGCUUGAGCAGGGAGAUGUGGCCUGAUGGGGAAUUUGUGGUGACUCUGGCUGCUGCAGAGGCAGGAGGGAAGCUAGUGAGGACCUCGGCAGAGGAGGCAGAGAGAGGUCCAUCCUGGGAGCAUUUGGGGGAACGAGGCCUGCAGGCCUUGCUGCCCCUCUGCCGGGCAUGUGGUGAGGCCGCACCCAGCUCAGAGGACUGGCCUGUGUUAAGACUCUGGAUGUUAUCCGUUUUAAUCCCCUCGGGGUUGGGAUGGCCUCACAUUGCUGAUAGAGGCACCGAGGCCCAGGGUAUUCAGUGACCUGCCCAAGAUCACGGAGGAGGGUUUGGAAGGGGCAGGAUUUGAAUCCAGCCCCUUUUGAGUCUAGACUCCAGAGAGCUAUGGCCCCAAAGCAGCCCCCGCCCCACGCUGACUCCUGAGAGAUUGGGGGUGGGCACCCAGGACAGCCCAGGGUCCAGGAGAGCCCUCUCACAGAGGCAGAAGCACUCAGCCCAGACCCCUCCUGCCCGGCUUUUCCUGGGCCUCCUUUGUUAUCUGACGACGGCCACUGAGACCAAAGGCGCUGGCUGCCCCUCUGCCUGGGAGGCACCACAUCUCUGGGAGCCCUGGGGGUGGGGGCAGGGGCAUUCUGACCUUGGAAGCCAGGGCAGGGCAGAGCUGGCUCCUUCCCUUCUCUUGUCCAGAUGGUCUGGGGCAGUUUGUUUGGGCCUGUAAGGCUGAGUGGGCUGGGAGGUGGGUAGGGAGCUGAAAGCCCGAAGUAUGGGGGUCUCGAGGAUUUAUCCCAUUGGCCUCAGUGGGUCCCGUAAGCACGGAAGCUCUUAAGCCUUUGCGGAGGGGCUGGCAACAGGGGCCUAUUGAUGAAUUAGAAGAAGCUGUGUUCCUUCCUUCCUCUAACCUGAAGCUUUGUUAAUAAUUAAUCAUCUGCCCAAUUAAUAAUUACAGGCUUGAGCAGCCCCUUCCCACUGCCCUCACCCCACUCCAACCUCCUCUCCGUUCCUCCUUCCUUCGCCCUCCCAGCCCCCACUCCUACCCCCACCCUUCCGGCCAUCAGUCCCUGCUGGCCUUCCUCUGCAGAGAUGGCAAGGCCCUGUGCCCUUGGGAGUCCCCCUGUCCCCGACACCACACAGGGCAUCGGUUCUAUUCUUCCCAUGAGGGCCUUUCGGCAGCCCUCCAGGGCAGGUGCCACACAAUCUGACAGACAGAGACACGAGGCACAGGGGCAGAGGGGCAGAGCCACACGGUACUCAUUCACUCAUUCUUUCACUGGAUGCUAUUGCACUGUUCUCUGUGGUCAGCCACCACCCUGAGCAAGACAAGCAAACAGGAAAUUCCUCUCCAGGCUUAGGGGAUAGCGUGGGGGGAACUCCUGAGCAGGCUGGGCUGAGGGCAGCCCCCCAGGGAAGGCAAGGGCUAGGAAGAGGGAGGAGUCCCUAGAGGGCAAGGUAUUGGAGGGUGGGGCUUUUUGUAUAAAGCUCCCCGGCAGCAGGAAUGCUCAAAGCUCUGGGCUCAGCCUCCUUCCAGGGUAGGGUGUGAUUUCUGUCUUCACCCUCAAGAGGGGUGUUCUCCACACUGGGGAAUGAAUGCCUUGCUAAGGGUGGACCCUUGGGCUUGGAGCCAGCAGUACAAUAGCUGUCUGGCCGUCUCCUCUGGGCAGAAUCCAGCCUCUGCCCCCACUCCCAGAGAGACCCAACUCCCUCCAAAAGGCUAUGGACUCCUGGGCCCCCUUGCAGGAGAGGCAGUGUGGGUUCAGGCUCCCUGACCCCCGCCCUGUCCCUGCCCGGUACUUUGUCAGAGACUCGGGGUCCCGCCGUGCCGAGAGUGUAUUUCUGAGCUCUUCCAUGCAUAUAGUGUUCCUUGGUUCCCUAUCCUCGUCCCACUGAGAAUGUCCAGUAGCCCCUCUGGGAGUCGGGGUGCAGUUCUCGGGAACCCUCCCACACAGAGAGGGAGCCAGGUGAGGCUCACAAGAGAUGGACCUGCUUUUUACUGAGCACUUGGCCCUGACAGGCUCUCCACCUGUAAAACCACAGUGUCCCUACCUCCUCAAGCACCUGGCACCUAGGAAUGGCUCUGGGAGGGUGGGGCUGCCUCUCACUGCUGCCUGGUUACCUGUUUCACAAAGGAGGAGACUGAGGCUGGAGAGGUGAGGUGACCUAGCUGGAAAGAGGUGGAGCCAGGAAACCAGCCCAGAUGGAGGGCAGGGCCAGCAUCUGGUGGGACAAAGUCAGUUUCUCCUGCAAUCAUCUAACUGACACCUGGGCUCAGCCUCUAGGGAGGAAACUGCUGCCAUAGAGCCUUGAAAGCCAGGCAGAGGGGACUAGACACUGUGCCUCAAGGCAGGAUGAAGAUGAGACGCUACAAGCUCUUUCUCAUGUUCUGUAUGGCCGGCCUGUGCCUCAUCUCCUUCCUGCACUUCUUCAAGACCCUGUCCUAUGUCACCUUCCCCCGAGAACUGGCCUCCCUCAGCCCUAACCUGGUGUCCAGCUUCUUCUGGAACAAUGCCCCGGUCACGCCCCAGGCCAGCCCCGAGCCAGGGGGCCCUGACCUGCUGCGUACCCCACUCUACUCCCACUCGCCCCUGCUGCAGCCGCUGCCGCCCAGCAAGGCGGCCGAGGAGCUCCACCGGGUGGACUUGGUGCUGCCCGAGGACACCACCGAGUAUUUCGUGCGCACCAAGGCCGGCGGCGUCUGCUUCAAACCCGGCACCAAGAUGCUGGAGAGGCCGCCCCCAGGACGGCCGGAGGAGAAGCCUGAGGGGGCCAACGGCUCCUCGGCCCGGCGGCCACCCCGGUACCUCCUGAGCGCCCGGGAGCGCACGGGGGGCCGAGGCGCGCGGCGCAAGUGGGUGGAGUGCGUGUGCCUGCCCGGCUGGCACGGACCCAGCUGCGGCGUGCCCACCGUGGUGCAGUACUCCAACCUGCCCACCAAGGAGCGGCUGGUGCCCAGGGAGGUGCCGCGCCGCGUCAUCAACGCCAUCAACGUCAACCACGAGUUCGACCUGCUGGACGUGCGCUUCCACGAGCUGGGCGACGUGGUGGACGCCUUUGUGGUGUGCGAGUCCAACUUCACGGCUUACGGGGAGCCGCGGCCGCUCAAGUUCCGGGAGAUGCUGACCAAUGGCACCUUCGAGUACAUCCGCCACAAGGUGCUCUAUGUCUUCCUGGACCACUUCCCGCCCGGCGGCCGGCAGGACGGCUGGAUCGCCGACGACUACCUGCGCACCUUCCUCACCCAGGACGGCGUCUCGCGGCUGCGCAACCUGCGGCCCGACGACGUCUUCAUCAUUGACGAUGCGGACGAGAUCCCGGCCCGUGACGGCGUCCUUUUCCUCAAGCUCUACGAUGGCUGGACCGAGCCCUUCGCCUUCCACAUGCGCAAGUCGCUCUACGGCUUCUUCUGGAAGCAGCCGGGCACCCUGGAGGUGGUGUCGGGCUGCACGGUGGACAUGCUGCAGGCAGUGUAUGGGCUGGACGGCAUCCGCCUGCGCCGCCGCCAGUACUACACCAUGCCCAACUUCAGACAGUAUGAGAACCGCACCGGCCACAUCCUGGUGCAGUGGUCGCUGGGCAGCCCCCUGCACUUCGCCGGCUGGCACUGCUCCUGGUGCUUCACGCCCGAGGGCAUCUACUUCAAGCUCGUGUCCGCCCAGAAUGGCGACUUCCCACGCUGGGGUGACUACGAGGACAAGCGGGACCUGAACUACAUCCGCGGCCUGAUCCGCACCGGGGGCUGGUUCGACGGCACGCAGCAGGAGUACCCGCCUGCAGACCCCAGCGAGCACAUGUAUGCGCCCAAGUACCUGCUGAAGAACUACGACCGGUUCCACUACCUGCUGGACAACCCCUACCAGGAGCCCAGGAGCACGGCGGCGGGCGGGCGGCGCCACAGGGGUCCCGAGGGAAGGCCGCCCGCCCGGGGCAAACUGGACGAGACGGAAGUCUAGAGCUGCAUGAUCUGAUAGGGUUUGUGACAGGGCGGGGGUGGCGGCGGCCCCUAGCGCUAUCUCCCUGCCUCCUGCCGGCUCCGUGGUUCUUGAGGGGACCAGGAGUGGGUGGGGAGUGGGGGUGGGGGUAGGGUUCCCCUACUGAAGCCCUUGUGAAUCAAGGGUCAGGCCUUUGAGCUCAGAAAAUAUCCCUCCUGUUGGGAGAGGGCGCAGGCCGUGACGUCUGGAUGGCCCUUAUGACUGCCAAGACUGCUGUGGCCAGGAGGUGCCACUGGAGUGUGCGUGGUGGUCCCUGGGUAGCGGGGGAGGGUAGGCAGGAUUGGGGAAGAGAGCCUGCAGGAUCUCACCAGGCAGCCUCUGGGGGGUGGCCAGGCCGGGAAAAAGCCCACCAUUUGGCAUCCCUGGGCCUUGGGCUCGGUGUGGGAGACCGGCCUGCCAGGAGGACCCAGGGCUCUGUAAGUAGAUGCAUUUGGGUCCAGGAGGAAGUGUGGACACCUGGUAGGGAAGAGAUGAAAAAGCCACAUCCUACCAAGAGGAGGUGCUGAGGGAUGCUUUGCAAUGUAGUCAGAAGUGCUGGGCCAGAUGGAGACAGAACUCCACCCCCUGCCGCAAAGGACAGGACCUGGCUGCCCUGGGAUGCUGCUGCCUGAGUCUGUCUCUGUGCACCCCUCAGGCUGUCGUGAGCCAACACAGGGGCCUGGAGAACCCUGAGGAGCUUUCCUUUUGGUUCUAAACCCAGCGUUGACGUUCCUUCUCCCUUUCACAUUGCUGUCUUGUGGACUGUGCACUCAGUCCUUGCAAGGCCAAGAGUCCAGUUGUAGGUGUGGCCUUGAGGGGGAAGUGGGGAGGAGAAGACUGACAUGAGUCCUCUGCACGGAUCCGUCUCUCCCUCCCCAUCACCCUUUCCUUCUGACACCCAGUCCCAGCUGUCCACUGUCCCAGGUGCAGUCACUGUUGUGCCCCUCCUUGGAGCAGGCGGGCUGGGGGCCAGAAAGGGGCCAUGAGGCUGUCUUGGGCCCAAAAAGGGACAAUAAGGCCAGUUGUAUGCUUCCUGUUCCUCAUAGCUUGCCUUGGUGGGGAUGUCUUUGUUGGAGUUGAUUCUGAGCUGCUGUGAUUAGGAGACCCUGAAAUACAGUGGUUUAAGCAAGACGGAAGCUUGUUUCUAAUUAGUCUAGAUUGAGAUGGCCCAGAGCUGGUAGGGCAGCUCUGCGUUUCUUCAUACGCACCUUCCAAUUCUGGGUACACAGCAGCUGCUCUAGCGCCCACCCUCCUGUGUGCAUCCAAGCCUGGGGGAAGCAGAAAUAGACAAGAGGGCACACCCACUUUUUGCUAAAGGCAUGAGCCAGAAUUGGCAGGCUCACCUCUGCUGGCCUCUCAUUGGCUGGGACUCAGUCACAUGGCCACAAGCAGCUGCUAGGGAACCUGGGAAGUGUAGUCUUCAGCGGGGCCGCCAUGUGCCUGGCCUCACCUUGGGAGUUAUCUUAUUGAUGGAGGAGAAGAGAAUGGAUAUGGGGGACCAGUAGCAUCUCUGGGAGAGGGGGAGGGAGCAGCAAUAACUCAGUCGUCGGAUCCAGCUCUCAUUGUCAGAGUUUCUGGAACAGCUUGCUCCUGUUUCCCUCACUGUGCAGCCCAGGGCUGGGGGCAGUGAGGAGCUUGCAGCUCUGUGGGAAGGGGAAACACCCCCUCCCUUCAGCCCCUCAGACGCUACCCAAUGAUGCCGGUUUGCAGAGUUGGCCUGUGGAAUGGCUCAUGUUUGUGCGUGUGUGUGUGUAUAUUUAUGGGCAUGGGUGCAUGCUUGGUGUGUAUUUGUACAUGUCUGUAUUGCUGUGUCCCUGUAAAUACAUGCUUGUGUAUGGAUGGAAGAGGCCAGGCCCAGGCCUGGCCUCUUCCUCGGGCCUGUGGCCACACCUCCUGCAGCUCCCCAAAAUGACUGAGGCAGAAAGCCCUUGGGGAGCCUAGAAAGCAAAGCUAAAGGGGAUGCAGGGUCUGUCUGUCUGUCUGUCUGUCUGUCUUUCAGUCUGAGGAAUGAGAAUCCUGACCUGAGGGCUGUGCAGCUGAGAGCCCACUACCUCCCCAGCCCCUCUCGGCCCCAGCCGCAUCAUCCCACCUGUCCCCUCCCCCCACCUCCAUUGGGGCUUUCUCCAGAUGUCUUAUGGUUGGGGGUUUCCUGAUGGGCCAGGAGAGGAGGGCAUCUUCUUGCGACAGCUCUGUCUGGGUUAAGUGCCCAGUGAGGGCAUGGUGUGGGGAGCUGGCCUCAGAGGAGCCACUGGUGGGCAAGCGUGAAGCGGGCUGAGGGGCUCUGAGCCACUUUGCUCCCAUCUAGGGGACUGCCCCCCAUGGAACUCCUUUGAAGUCACAGCAGCCUUCCUUUCUGUUUGCUCUUGGGGCUGAGAGGUGGCUCAAACACUCGGGGUCCCUAUGGCUCUGGGUCAAUCUAGGCCAGGCUGCACCCCAUGGACAGGGAGUCUCAGGGCUCCUGAUCAUGCCCAGGCCCUGGCCUGGGGCCUCCCUCCUUGGCAGCUUUCUCACCCCCACGCCCCUGGCAUCCUCAGUUGCUAUGGGAUGCCCCUCCAGGGCACCAGCUCAGGGCUAAGGGAAGGAAGAUAGGAGCAGCUCAGAGCUGCCAGGCUCUGCCUUCCUCACAGACCUGGUGGGGCAGGGCCUGUUCACAGCAGCAGGAGUGAAGGCCUGGCCAUCGGUGGAGAGGACAGCUGUCAGGGGGUGGGGGCCAGGGCGCGGGAUUGAAGAGUUUCACAUAUCAUCACAGCAUACACUGGGAAUUUGGUGGGGGCAGAAGAACCCAGGGCCACUCCCUCAAUAUGAAGGGAAACCAAGCUGAAUGUGACCACCGGCACACUGCUGCCAUGUCCCAUGUCCACGUUUCUCCCAGGGAAUAACUGACCCUGAGACCCCUAGACCCAAGGAGGCCUGUCCAUGCCAAGCAUCCAGGAAGCAUGGCUGGCCUUGUCCACCCAUGGGUCACGUCGGUUCCCAGGGGCAGCAUGGGAGAGCUUUGGGGGCAACAGGGAGAGUCUGGGUGGGGAGACAGGACUUGUCCAAGCAGAAGGCAGGACCCUGGGAAAUGCAUAAUGUAAGGACAUCAAUAAUAGUAUUAUUUUUUUUGUAAGGGAAAAUCAAUAUGUACAUUCUGAAAUCAUUUUCUCUGUAAAUGGUUGGAUUUCAUUUCACCCUUAAAGGGAUGCUUAAAGGAGAAGAUAAUAUUAAUAAUAAAAACAGCUACAAAGUCUGAA